GUGGCACUUUGGCCAUUAGCUUAAGUGGUAUUAGUUCAUGUCACUCGCAUUGAUAAUGUUAUCAUUCAUCAGAAGGAAACUGUCAGAGUCGGAUUCAGUAAGCGGUAGUAACACAACGCUUGCGAACGGCCAGGCAGUCGGUACUAUAGAUAAUAUUCUUGCACAGAAAACUAGCCAAAUGUCCUUGAAUAACGAAGCCAUUCCCAUUGGGGAGGAUGCGUUGCUGCAGGAGUUGGGCUACAAAAAUGCAACCGAUCUCCAAGAAACCGUCUACGAUGCGCUUAGGACUAUACGCGAUCCUGAGAAACCUUGUACGCUAGAAGAUUUGAAUGUCGUCUAUGAAGAUGGAAUAGUUGUGCAACCGUCAACGAAAUCAAAUGUUUCUGUGGUAUGCUUAAAUUUUUUCAUCUGCAUAUCAAUGGCUGAGUGGAAGAUCAACCUAUUUCGGCAACGCCCUACCUAA